UGCCGCCCGGGAGGCGGGGCUGUAGCGCAUGCGCGCAGCGAGGCGGGGGCUUCGGCGGUGUCGCCGCGCUCGGUGGUGGGGGGAGGCGGCAAAGUUUCUUCAGAGGGGAAGGGGGGGGACAGGGCCGCCCGCCGCGCCGCGUUGCGUAGUGCCGCGCCGCGCCCUGCCCUGCCGCUGGCCGGGAGCGCGGCGGGAGGCGGCGGUCGCCGCGCGGCCCGGCUCUCCUCGCGGGGGCUCCCCGGACCUGCCCUGGACUCCAUGUAAUGUUCAGGGUCAGAAAUGCCUUAUGUGGAUCGUCAGAAUCGCAUUUGUGGUUUCCUAGAUAUUGAAGAAAAUGAGAAUAGUGGGAAGUUCCUGCGGCGGUACUUCAUUCUGGACACACGAGAAGAUAGUCUGGUGUGGUACAUGGAUAACCCACAGAAUCUUCCCUCUGGAUCUCCACCUGUUGGAAUCAUUAAACUUACUUAUAUUUCAAAGGUUAGCGAUGCAACUAAGCUAAGACCAAAGGCAGAAUUCUGUUUUGUUAUGAAUGCAGGGAUGAGAAAAUACUUUCUACAAGCCAAUGAUCAGCAAGACCUAGUGGAAUGGGUAAAUGUUCUGAACAAAGCUACCAAAAUAACAGUACCAAAGCAGCCUGAUCCUCUCUGUCAAAUGGAUAAUGCUAAUCGUCAAGCUGAAAGCCCAGGUGCGAAGAAGCAAGUGUCUUACAGGACAGAAAUUGUUGGUGGUGUUCCUAUCAUUACACCUACCCAGAAAGAAGAAGUCAAUGAGUGCAGUGAAGGGGGUGAUAGAAAUUAUUUGAAACGGUCGCAAAGUCACCUUCCCUAUUUUACUGCUAAACAUCCCCCAGAUAAUGCUAUUAUCAAAGCUGGCUACUGUGUUAAACAAGGAGCAGUGAUGAAGAACUGGAAGAGAAGAUACUUUCAGUUAGAUGAAAACACAAUAGGCUAUUUCAAGUCUGAACUGGAGAAGGAACCUCUCAGGGUUAUACCACUUAAAGAGGUCCAUAAAGUUCAGGAAUGUAAACAAAGUGAUAUAAUGAUGAGAGACAAUCUCUUUGAAAUUGUAACAACUUCUCGAACCUUUUAUGUACAGGCGGACAGUCCAGAAGACAUGCACAGUUGGAUAAAAGCAAUCUCUGGGGCCAUUGUAGCACAGCGGGGACCUGGAAGAUCAGCAGCUUCUAUGCGGCAGGCCAGAAGGCUGUCGAAUCCUUGUAUACAGAGGUAUACAUCAAGAACUGGUGAAUGCAGCACGAGCAUUCCGAGUCUUCUUCAGAAUCCAACCAUGCUUUCCGUUCUGCCACCCCAGCAGCAGCCGCCUCACAUUCCACAGCCUCUCACAGCAGCCCUCUGGUCCCAAACCUUAACUCCAAAUACCCUGCCUUGGAGAAGCGAGGAUUUCACGAAUCUUUUACCAAGGCCAAGCCAGGGAACUACAAGAUCCAGGUUGUCACUCCAAGAGAACCAGCUUCCAAAGUGACUGAACAGGGCUUAUCAGAACCCCAAAGUAAAAAUGGCACUCAGGAACAGGAUCCUGGCCUUGUGGAUCUGGAUGAUGCAAGCCUUCCAGUUAGUGAUGUGUAAGAAUGGAAGUGUUUGGAGAAUGAUCCAUUUGUUCAGUCCUCUAAUUUCCUUGCUUGGACGUUUAACCAAAGAAAAUUAUAGGAAAAAAGAACAAAGAAAAUGGAACACUGAUUUUUAUAUAUAUGUAUGUGUGUGUAUGUACACACGUGUAUAUAUAUAUGUGUGUGUAAUGUUUGUAUAUUGCCUUUCAGCUGAGGGUCAAAAAUGGACCUUACACAUUUUCUCAAAGCCUGAUAGUAAAUCACUUACUAGGGAGGGGCCAAACUGCACAAUUUAAAAGAAAAAAGCAGACAAAAAAAAGUACUUCUGCAAAUAAGUAAGGUACCAGCAACUUUUCAUCCCUAAUUUGGCAAACUAAAUUUACAAUUAUUGGUAUAUUGUGGAAAACUUAUUGCCAACAAAUGUUGCUGUUUUCGUUAUGAACUACAGUAAGGUUUUAGGCAUAUAUGAAAAUUGUUUCUCUCCAUGAAUAAGAUGCCAGGAAAUGCACAAAAAAAGUUUCUUCUGUUCUUUAGGAUCAACUGAAUUGUUAUCAGAACAAGAAUUCUGAACUCCCUUGGAAUUCUAAGUAUAUGGUGCUGUAAAAUUUCCACUAAAAUAAUAUUUUGAAUAGUCAGCCUAUUUUUGAUGCGCUCCUGAAGGUGGUUUGUAACUUUUUGCACAUUUAGAUUUUAAUGGACUGCAUGUAAUGGUGUUUUGGAGGGAGAAGAAGAGAAAUUAGGCUUUUGAAUUUGGACACUUCAGACCUUUUGGACGAAAUAGGGUUUAUAUUGUGUUACAUUAGGCUUUGCAGCAGUUAUUUUUAUGAAAUGUGUAAACAUAUCAUGUGAUUACUGUUUUGGUUUUCUUAUCAGUGCUUUCUGAGCAGUUCUUGUUUCUAUAUUUGAUCAGUGGAAGACCUUCUUGUUUUGUUGUUAUUGGUACUGAACUGUUCAUAGUCAUGCAAUUGUGGCCUAUAACUUCUGGUGCACUAAUAAUCUUAAGUGCCUGUGUUUUUUCUCAUGUUGUUGAAACACUUUCAGACUAGGUAUGUACACAAACCAUUCUUCAUGGUUUUGAACCUUCGGUUGGAGUUGUUCUGAAUAGCAUAGUUCAAAACAGCUAUUUAAAAUAGAAAACUUACGCUAGGGGUACCAGCAUUCUGGUAUUGCAUCUACUAGCUGUGCAAUAUAUGUUUUUGAAAAAAGAGUAUUUGUUGUUUGUGUACAGUGUCUUAUGGGGCUUCAGUGAUGCAAACGAAAAGAACCUUUACAUUUCAAGCAUUGGAUUAGAUUGUGUACUUUUCAUAGUUCUUGAAAAAUGUUUGCUUUAAUCAACACCCCACAAAUAUCUCAUGCUGCUGCUUAUUUUGAUUCAGAUUGUCCAGCAUUUUUUUUUGUCUACUGGAACUUAAGUUACAUAUCAUACAAGUUUAUCUUCUCUCCAACUUCCAGACUGACUUCUUUCUUGAGAGAUAUGGAUGGCUUUACCAUAAUAACUUGUUGAUCCAAGGAUAGAAUAAUUGCUGUCAUAUAAGAAUGAAGUAUAAUCUAAUUUCAAAAUCUUAAAUUAUAUCAGCACCUUCAAUAUUUUUAUCCAUAAGCUAACCAUUGUCAUAAGGCAGUGGUAUUUGUAAAUUACUGUUUUUGUUUGACUCUUUAGCUACAUGUGAAAACUAGCACAGGAUUGGAAGUUACUGUAAAUGUCUAAACUGGUAUUGUAAGUUUUAACUUCUAUUAAAAACAUGACAAUAGCUCUUUGAAGGCUUAUUUUUUCACAAGUACAUUCUGUGUGGAAGACACUUUGCAUUGAAAUAUUUUUACUGUAAUCUGACAUUUGAAAUCACUUGCUCUGGUACAGCUUUCACACUGCAUGUUCAUUUUAUUGUAUUUUGCUAUUGGCAAUUUUACACAUUGGGUGGAGGUAAAGCAGCUCCAUUAUGGGACUCCUUAAAAGAGGAAAAAGAAAAAAAAAGAACUACUACUUCUGUAGUUCGGUAGCAUAGGGAAAUAUUUGUGGUUGGUAAUUGUCAGGGUCUCCUAUUUAUCAGUACUUUUAUAAAUCUAUGAAAAUUGUUAAAUUAUUUUAGAAUGAGUGCUGUAAAUAUGUGACAUUUAAAUUGUCAAUAAAUCAGUUUGGGUAACUUAAAAUAA